UAAGGGGGCGAAUAUGCUCUAUAUGUAGGAAAAUCGCUCUGGCAUUAUCACCAAAAAUGUUCUGCGUGGGGAAUAGCAAAAUCUUGUCUUGUAAGAAUUUUCCCAGUAAUUGGGUAAUUAAGAUGAUGAUUAGAACCAUAAACUAGAAUCCAGCAGACGAAAGAGAUGUGUAUAAUCCCCAAGCAGUCUCCUCUUGCUGAAGAAGCGAGUACAGUCAUGAUAAAGAUCCACCUAUUAUCACUAUUAUUACUACUGAAACUGAAUUCACUUGAAUUUCUUCGGAAACUCCAUUUUCAAGAAACACCCAUAAAAUGGAGAGGGAGGAACAGAGUAAAGAAAAUAAAUAUCCCACUUCUUCGAAUAUCAACUUCUGGAAAAACGAGAAUAACGCUAAUACCGCCUUUUCUUCUUCUGCUGCAAGCAAUAUGAACACCAACAAAUCCAUCGCUCAGUACAGUGCUGAUGCGAGUCUGAUGGCUGCGUUUGAGCAAUCUGCGGAGUCGAGUAAGUCGUCUAACGAUGCUUUUCAUGCGCCACAGAUUUUGAGUACCGAGGAACAGGUGUCUGUUUAUUUAUCAAGAAUCCAGAGGGGUGGUCUUGUGCAACCCUUUGGUUGUAUGCUUGCUAUCGAGGAAUCCACUUUUAAAAUCAUAGCUUAUAGUGAGAAUUGUUUUGAUAUGUUGGGUUUGAAGAAAUUUGCUGAGUCGGAAGAGUUUACGAAUCUCUUUGGACUUGAUGCAAGAACCCUUUUUACCCCUUCGUCAAGUGCUUCAUUGGCAAAGGCCGUGGGGUCUAAGGAAAUUUCUUUUUUGAACCCAAUUUGGGUUCAUUCUGCGACUACCCACAAGCCUUUUUAUGCAAUUCUACAUAGAAUUGAUGUGGGAAUUGUUAUUGAUUUGGAGCCUGCUUAUUCUGGUGAUCCUUCAUUGCUGCAUGCUGGUGCAGUGCAGUCUCAGAAACUAGCUGUUCGGGCGAUUACGAGGCUCCAGUCUCUUCCCGGGGGAGAUAUAGGGGUUUUGUGUGAUACCGUAGUUGAAGAUGUUCAGAAGCUUACUGGGUAUGAUAGAGUAAUGGUUUAUAAGUUUCAUGAUGAUGAUCAUGGUGAGGUUGUGUCUGAAAUUAGAAGGUCCGACUUGGAGCCCUACUUGGGAUUGCACUAUCCUGCAACAGAUAUCCCCCAAGCGGCACGAUUUUUGUUUAAGCAGAAUCGUGUCAGGAUGAUUUGUGAUUGCAACGCUCAGCCAGUUAAGAUAGUCCAAAUUGAAGAACUUAAGCGGCCUCUUUGCUUGGUUAAUUCAACACUUCGAGCACCCCAUGGCUGUCAUUCUCAGUACAUGGCCAACAUGGGGUCGAUUUCAUCUUUGGCAAUGGCGGUUGUUGUUAAUGGCACCGACUCAAUGAAGCUGUGGGGAUUGGUGGUGUGCCACCACUCUUCACCACGCUAUGUCCCUUUUCCCCUUCGCUAUGCAUGUGAAUUCCUGAUGCAGGCAUUUAGCCUGCAGCUUUAUCUGGAGCUGCAAUUGACAUCACAGUUAGCAGAGAAGAAAAUUCUCCGAAUGCAAACGUUAUUGUGUGACAUGUUUCUCCGUGAUGCUCCAUUCGGCAUUGUCACUCAGUCUCCUAGCAUCAUGGAUCUUGUAAAGUGUGAUGGGAGUGCAUUAUAUUAUGGUGGGAAAUGUUGGUUGCUUGGUGUUACCCCCACUGAGGCACAAAUUAAAGAUAUUGCAGAAUGGCUACUUACUAGCCAUGGGGACUCAACAGGGCUAAGUACAGAUAGUCUUGCAGAUGCUGGCUAUCCAGGUGCAGCUCUACUCGGCGUUGCAGUUUGUGGAAUGGCUACAGCAAGAAUUACUUCCACAGAUUUUCUAUUUUGGUUUAGGUCCCACACAGCAAAAGAAAUCAAAUGGGGAGGGGCUAAGCAUCAUCCCGAGGACAAAGAUGAUGGUGGAAAAUUGCAUCCUAGAUUUUCAUUCAAAACCUUUCUCGAAGUAGUUAAAGGCCGUAGUUUGCCGUGGGAGGUUUCAGAGAUUAAUGCUAUUCACUCUUUACAGCUUAUAAUGAGAGAUUCAUUUCAAGAUGUUGAAGACAGUGGCUCUAAACCCAUGAUAAAUUCUCAACGGAAUAAUUUGGACGGGCCAGAGGUGGAUGAACUUACUUCUAUGGCAGUUGAAAUGGUCAAAUUGAUAGAGACAGCCAUUACUCCAAUUUUUGGGGUUGAUUCAUGUGGUUUGAUUAAUGGAUGGAAUGCAAAAAUGAGUGAAUUGACAGGAUUACAAGCUUCUCAAGCUAUGGGGAAAUCCCUAGUUAAUGACAUUGUUCAUGAAGACUCACGCGUUGUUGUUGAAGUUCUUAUGCACAGAGCUCUAAAAGGUGAGGAGGACAAAAAUGUUGAGGUGAAACUGCUGAGGUUUGGGAUACAAACCCCAAAUUCGGACAUUUACCUUCUGGCCAAUGCAUGCACAAGUAGAGACUAUAAAAAUGAUAUUGUAGGCGUUUGCUUCACGGCUCAGGAUAUCACAUCUGAAAAAAUUGUGAUGGACAAAUUCAUCCGUCUGCAAGGGGAUUAUAAGGCUAUUUUACAAAGUGUAAAUCCACUUAUUCCACCCAUAUUUGCUACCGAUGAGAAUGCCUGUUGUUCAGAAUGGAAUGCAGCCAUGGAAAAACUAACAGGUUGGACGAGACAUGAAAUUGUUGGUAAAAUGUUGGCAGGGGAAGUUUUUGGAAGUUUUUGUCAGCUCAAAGGUCAAGACACGCUCACUGAACUUAUGAUUUUACUGUACAGAGCAAUUAGUGGCCAUGACACCGAAAAGCUUCUUUUUGGAUUUUUCAAUAGAAAAGGAGAGUUUGUAGAGGUGUUCUUGAUGGCCAAUAAGAGAACGGAUGAGGUGGGAAAUGCUGUUGGGUGUUUCUGCUUCUUGCAGAUUAUGGAGAUUAAACAGCGGCGGUCCAUAGAAGACGAACAGGAGGAGGGGCAUCUUUCAAAACUCAAAGAGUUGACUUAUAUUAAGCAAGAGAUGAAAAAUCCUUUGAAUGGAAUCCGUUUCACCCACCAGCUUCUGGAAGGUUCUGAUAUUUCAGAGAAUCAGAAGCAGUUUCUUCAGACUAGUGAUGCUUGUGAAAGACAGAUAUUAUCCGUUAUAGAGGAUAUGCAUUUUCAAUGUUUAGAAGACGGCAGCAGGGUUGAGCUCAAGAUGGAAGAAUUUUUUUUGGGAAAUAUUAUCGAUGCUAUCGCUAGUCAAGUAAUGAUUUUGUUAGAGGAAAAGAAUUUACAACUUCUCCAUGAUAUCCCUGAUCAAAUCAAAACUCUCUGUUUACAUGGGGAUCGAAUUAAGCUGCAGUUGGCAUUGUCAGAUUUCUUGCUCAGCAUAGUGCAUUAUGCGCCUUCUCCAAAUGGUUGGGUUGAAAUUAAGGUCUCUCCUGGAUUAGAGAUGAUACAAGACGGGAAUGAGUUUGUUCAUAUACAAUUUAGAAUGGCUCACCCAGGAAAUGGCAUCCCUCAUACUCUUAUUGAAGACAUGAACGGAGCAAAAAGUCAAUGGACAACACAAGAAGGGAUUGCUUUAAACCUUUCUCGGACACUUCUCAAUAUAAUGAAUGGUAAUGUUCAUUAUAUCAGAGAUCAGAAUAAAUGCUACUUCCUCAUUGAUCUUGAAUUCAAGUCACAGAAAUCACGAUAAAGGGGUUCGACCAUGAAUUCAAGCAGCUGAUGCAGUUUUAUCUCAUAGUUCUGAGUAUUGUUUGAUGAAGCUCUUCUGUAGUUAUUCCUGGUCACUUCUGAAGCCAAUCCUGCUAAUCUUUACUUUCUCCUUGCCAAUAAAUUAGUAUUGCUGGUGUGAUGCAGUACAUAUUCUAAUUGUCAAAAGUUGCAAGUGAUUAUGUAUAUUUUGUUGUUUAUUUGCAAGUAUAUAUAUGAUGAAGAAAAAGGUUACUAUUAUUUCAUUGGUUAGUAAACUGAAUCGAGCAAGACCAUACCUGCUUUUGAUGGCCUAUCAUGGAAAAUGUUGCCCAUUUGAUU